UAGGAUUUACGAACGAACCAGAACCUUCUCGAAAUGAUCUUUUAGUCUUAUAUAAAAAAAAUUCCCCUUUUCAUGUCUUUCAUUCUCAUUCAAAUUUUUUCACAGCUUACAAAAAAAAAAAAAAAAUCCUACGCUCUCAAAACCCCCCCCCCCCAAAAAAAAGGAAAAGCUUCUCUAUUUGUUUGAGUUUUGCUAGGGUCACAGAAAUGUCGUCUGGAAAGGGUGAAGGUCCGGCGAUCGGAAUCGAUCUCGGCACGACAUACUCGUGUGUUGGAGUAUGGCAGCACGAUCGUGUUGAGAUCAUUGCGAAUGAUCAAGGAAAUCGAACGACGCCGUCUUAUGUUGCUUUUACUGAUACUGAGCGUUUGAUUGGGGAUGCUGCUAAGAAUCAGGUCGCCAUGAAUCCUACUAACACUGUUUUCGAUGCUAAGCGAUUGAUUGGAAGGAGAUUUAGUGAUCCAUCAGUGCAAGCUGAUAUGAAGUUAUGGCCAUUCAAGGUAAUUGCUGGCCCAGCUGACAAGCCCAUGAUUGUUGUCAAUCACAAGGGUGAGGAGAAGCAAUUCUCUGCUGAAGAAAUUUCAUCUAUGGUCCUAACAAAAAUGAAGGAAAUCGCCGAAGCGUUCCUUGGUACUUCCAUUAAGAAUGCCGUGGUCACAGUCCCGGCUUACUUUAAUGACUCCCAACGUCAAGCCACCAAGGAUGCUGGUGUGAUCUCUGGGCUCAAUGUCAUGCGUAUCAUUAACGAGCCGACUGCUGCUGCCAUUGCAUAUGGUCUUGACAAGAAGGCUAGCAGUAGUGGGGAAAAGAAUGUGUUGAUCUUUGAUCUUGGAGGUGGUACUUUUGAUGUGUCAUUGUUGACUAUUGAAGAAGGGAUUUUUGAGGUUAAGGCAACUGCUGGUGACACUCACCUUGGUGGUGAGGAUUUUGAUAACAGGAUGGUGAAUCACUUUGUGCAAGAGUUUAAGAGGAAGCACAAGAAGGAUAUUAGUGGUAACCCGAGGUCUUUGAGAAGGUUGAGGACAGCUUGUGAAAGGGCGAAGAGGACUUUGUCAUCAACUGCUCAGACCACCAUUGAGAUCGAUUCUCUUUACGAGGGAGUUGAUUUCUACACCACCAUUACUCGUGCUCGUUUUGAGGAGUUGAACAUGGAUCUGUUCAGGAAGUGUAUGGAGCCAGUUGAGAAGUGUUUGAGGGAUGCCAAGAUGGAUAAGACUAAGGUAGAUGAUGUUGUGCUUGUUGGUGGUUCUACUAGGAUUCCAAAGGUUCAACAGUUGCUCCAGGAUUUCUUCAACGGGAAGGAGCUCUGCAAGAGCAUUAACCCUGAUGAAGCUGUUGCUUAUGGUGCAGCUGUUCAGGCUGCAAUUUUGAGCGGUGAAGGUAAUGAGAAAGUGCAGGACUUGUUGUUGCUUGAUGUUACUCCUCUGUCUCUUGGGUUGGAGACUGCUGGUGGUGUUAUGACAGUGCUCAUCCCAAGAAACACUACAAUCCCCACAAAGAAGGAACAGGUGUUUUCGACAUACUCAGACAACCAACCGGGUGUGUUGAUUCAGGUCUUUGAAGGAGAGAGAACCAGAACUCGGGAUAACAACCUAUUGGGCAAGUUUGAGCUCACUGGCAUUCCUCCUGCACCAAGAGGUGUGCCUCAGAUCAAUGUCUGUUUCGACAUUGAUGCCAAUGGUAUUCUUAAUGUCUCUGCCGAGGACAAGACUACUGGCCAGAAGAACAAGAUCACAAUUACAAAUGACAAAGGUAGACUGUCCAAGGAAGAGAUAGAGAGAAUGGUGCAAGAGGCCGAGAAAUACAAGUCAGAAGAUGAAGAGCACAAGAAGAAGGUUGAAGCCAAGAAUGCCCUUGAGAACUAUGCUUACAACAUGCGUAACACUAUCAAGGAUGACAAGAUAGCUUCUAAGUUGCCAGAAGCUGACAAAAAGAAGAUUGAGGAUGCUAUUGAACAGUCCAUCCAGUGGUUGGAUGGAAAUCAGCUUGCAGAGGCAGAUGAGUUUGAAGACAAGAUGAAGGAGCUUGAGGGUAUUUGCAACCCAAUCAUUGCAAAAAUGUACCAAGGCGGUGCUGGCCCUGAUAUGGGCGGUGCAAGCAUGGAUGAAGAUGGUCCUGCUGCUGCUGGUGCAAGCGGUCCUGGUCCUAAGAUUGAGGAGGUUGACUAAGUUGUUGCUGUUUUGAUAAAUACCUGAGCAUUUGCCUUUAUUCUGAUAUCGCUUUUAUAUUGCUUGUAGUGUUAGUACCUUAGUAGUAUAAGAUUUGGGGAAACUUGUUUUCGAAUAUAAUCAAUCUAUGUAUUAGUAUUUAGUCAUGAUUUGAGUCUAGAUUGUGGACUACUUUGGCAGUUGAUUAUUGUGUUCUGCCUGUUAGUUCUAUCAACAAUUAUACUAGUAUCUAAGACCCUUAAUAAAAUUUCAUUUCUGCCCUUGGUAUAUGAAAUUACAUCUCUA